CCACUGCCCCUCAAACCUGCCCCGAACCAGGAAGUGAGCGGACACAUCGCGUGUUUUUCUUUGUUUUAAACUAAAGUUACGGAUUGAAACUCGGGUUUAAAACACGAUGGAGCUUCUGUGACUGUGGAUGAAGAUAUAUCAUCUGUUUUAAAUCUGAUCUGGGUCCGAGGAGCAGGUUUGUCUCCUCUAAAUGUGAAGUGCUGCUGCCGGAGCUUCUCCCUGCGACAUGUCCUCACGCCUGCUGCUCUGCGUCCUGCUGCUGCUGCUCUGUGGCCGGGCAGCACAGGCAGCUCCCAGCCGCUCAGAGGACGAGGCGGCGUCGUCCCCUGCUCGGAUGGUGGCUGACCCCUCCGACAGGGUCAUCGUGGUGAAGGAGGGGUCCGACACACUGAUCGAGUGCAACGUGACCCGAGGCCACACUGACGUGAAGUGGUUCAGCCCUAAAGGAGCCGAGCUGGGGGAGGAAGCAGGUGAGAAGUGGCAGAUCGAGGAGAACGGCGUCCUGAACAUCAGCGCGGUCUCCUUUAAAGACCGAGGCCGAUACACCUGUGUAUACACCAGUGACGGUGACGCCACAAAAAACUACACGGUCACGCUGCGUGUCGCCUACAACUCCAGCGGCCUGGGCCUGUACUUUGUCAUCGUCUGCCUCAUCACCUUCACCAUCAUCAUGAUCCUCAACGUGGCGCGGCUCUGCAUGAUCAGCAGCCACCUCAAGAAGACGGAGAACGCCAUCAACGAGUUCUUCCGCACCGAGGGCUCUGAGAAGCUGCAGAAGGCCCUCGAGGUCGCCAAGCGCAUCCCCAUCAUCACGUCGGCCAAGACGCUGGAGCUCGCCAAGGUCACGCAGUACAAGACCAUGGAGUUCGCUCGUCACAUGGAGGAGCUGGCACGGAGCGUCCCGCUGCCGCCAUUGAUCAUGAACUGCCGAACGGUCGAGGAGGAGAACAUGGAGAAGGGAAACCCCGCGUCGGGCCGAGCAGAGGCGGUCAGGGCAGUGAUACCUGGGAACCGACCAGCUAUAGGCCCGCCAUGCUCUGUGAAGAGCGGAGAGGACGAGGAAGUGUGCGAGGCGCUGCUGUCAAGCGAGAGGCGAGGGAACGAUGGAGACGUUGACAUCAAAGUGUCAGUCCACGCCGUUUCUGAGAAGGUCGCCAGUGAGAAUAAAGAGGCGGAGACGCUCGCAGCAGGUUCACAGACAAACGUGUCCAUCGAGAGCGACGUGUAGCAGGAGACACGUUUCCUGAGAAGCAGAGAUGAAGCGAUCAUUAGAAAAUAGUGGUGUCGGGGUUUGUUGCAUGUUUCUGCUCAUUGAUUCCUCGUCUUGUUGAAUCUUCGCCCCCAAAUCAGAAAUUGGCUUGUUUUACGUAGAAGAAAAGAAUUGACACAGUAAUUUAUUUGACCCUUUAACUAAAUGAAUCCAAAGUUAAUAAAAUGAAAAUUCUAUCUCUCGGUGUAGUAGUUGGAUUCCAGCUGCUUUCCACGUACUAAUAUCUUUACCUCCGCCAUCGACAUCAUGUUUUCACCCCUGUCCAGUUGUUUGUUUGUCAAAAACCACAGAUCGGAUUUCCACAGUUCAGUGGAAUGAUGGUUCACGGCUCAGGGAAGAAGUCCAGGUGAAUCCAGGAUUUCAUUUCCCCACUUUCUUUAACGCUGUAAGAUUCUAGGAUUCACCAAUUUCUCCGAGAAUAUUUCGUGGAUCAUGAUGAACAGAAAUCCGACACAUUUAGAGGACUGGUAUAAAUGAGUGUGUGUGAUUUCGUGCUCUUUGAAUUCAAGGAACUGUUUGAGCUCUACUCAGGUUCUGAUGUUUGACGUCAUGACUUCAUGUGAAAAUCCUUCUUUCUUAUAUUUGCUCGGUCUUGUUCCUGCUGUAAACAAUUUUUCACGUAGUUUUGACAUUUUUGUCUUUAAUGGUCUUUCGUCAAGCCGACAGUUGUGUCACUUUCACACGUGCAUGAAGAAAGGUCAGCGGGUCAAACACAGAGCCACACGGCAUCAAACAGGAUCACAACUCUAUUUCCUCUGGUCAUGAAUGUGUUUGCUGGUUCUCCCUCAGCUCAACAUCCUUUCUGCUCGCAGCCAGUUCUGAAAUAUCUGAGCUCCUUGUUCCUCGGUAAGAAGACGCCAGACGCUGUCGUUCACGUCACAGUUUCCUGAAGAGAUGAAGUUAUUCUCUGUGUCUCUUUGCUCGUCAGGUCAGGGAUUUUACAUUUUUUACAUUACAACUUGAAAACUUCAGAUCAAAACAGCUUCUGUGGUUUUUCAUAAUAACAUAAUGAUGUGAUAUUUGUAACUUGCUGCAGCUUGUUUCAGGCUCUUGAAGUAACAGACGACAAAGGAAAGUUUUUAAAUCCAACGAAAACUUGAAAACUCUACUUUUAGAGAUUUGUAAUAAAAUCACAUCAUGUUUGGUUUGUAAACAGAUUCAGUUCCAGAACUUGUCGACUGGUUGAACAAAAUGCUUCUGUUGUAUUUUGCUAUAUGUGAUGUUAUUGUGUGAAAUGGUUCGAUGGUGUUUAGACGUUUUAAAAAGCUUUGCUUCUCAGGGACGUAAAUCAGCGGUUUUCCUUCUGACAACAGCAGAAAAAAACAUAAUUGCCAAUAAAAAAGAAUUUAAAUUAAAA